AUAUUGAAUAAAAGAUAUCAGACUUUGAAUUAAACUGAUUCAAUACUAUAAAAUGACGAGUAGCAUGUACCGGAAAUAUGUUACUGUUAGCAUCGUAAAUGAUGAUUUCUAUUUGAUAUAAAUAUGGCCAUUUUGUAAGCAUUGAUUAUUAUUUGAAAGAAAAAGUAGAUAUCUGUUGAGAAAAAUAAGGCGAAUCUUAGAAUGCUACGAUCAUAAAAAAUUUAAAUAGAUACUUUUGAAUCUGAACAAAAUUAGAUAAAUUCUAGAGUGGAUCAAUAGAAAUAUUUUGAAGUUUAGAAGCAUUAUCCGAGUGUUCAACAUUUAAUGUACAAAUUAUUCUGCCAAUACUGAGCGGUUUGAGAAAACAUAACUAAGAAAUUUUUAAUAAAAUGUUCAUAAACAUUUGGGAUUGUUGUGAACAAAAAAAAUGAGCCUUUCAUCAGGCUUGGAGUAUACUGUUCCAUAUGUGAAUUAGCUAAUAGCGUAGUAGACUUGAAUUAAGAUGUGUUGCGAUGUAAUGAUGUACUUCACUCAUAUUAAUCGAAGCUUAUAGUACUGUUAAAACUCGAGUGUACUACUGCAACACUUUUCUCGCUUGAUCCAUUGUACAUAAUAAAUCGUUCCGAUUAUUUUCUUGUUUUUUUUGUUGAUAUAAUCAAUAUAUGUUUAAGACUAUUAUAGUCCUCAUUCAUAAAUUGUUAUUAAAAUAAUAUUUGGCGGUAAUAUUGAUAUUUUUUGCUAUUUAGAAAUGGUGUAUUUGUAAAUUCUUGAUUUUUUAUUAAUAUGAAAAAGUGUGAUAUCUGUUUUCGUGAUUUAGUAUGUUCACACUAAUCGCAAAAAAAAAUCUUUUUUAAGUAAAUCAGUAGAAAACUAUACGUGAGAUAUUCGUUAAAUAAUGAGAACUUUUAAAUUUCUAUAACUAAGAGUACAUCAUAUAUAUAAAUUAAUAAUGAGACGCAUCGUAUGUGAUGAUUUGCAAAGGGAAAACUGUUGACGAUUACAAUCGCUUCUUGAGAGUAAAACGAACAAUUUGAAAUAAUCGUUCAAAGUUUUUUAUUAAAAAACUAGAUUUUUAAUAGAUACCCAGUAAUUGAAUAUUUUCGAUGAUUAUUGUUUUCAUCGAAAUAAAUCCAUUUUUUUCAAAAUAAUGAUUGACUCUCUGUGUAACACAGGUACAAAAAUUGGAAGAUUUUAAAUUGAAGAGUCUAAUUGUCAAUGACUUGGAAUUUGGUUAUUUAAAAUGGAUUCUUAAUAAUGUUAAUCAUGUUAAAAAACUUGAAAUUAAUUUACAUAGCGGAUAUAUAUGGAAUAGAAAUGAUAUUAUAUGGAGAUCUUUUAUUGAUGCAAAUUUCAUUCGUCAAUAUUGUUUACCUGAUCGAAUAAUUAAUUUGAAAGAUUUUCGUUUUUAUAUUUGUGCAAAUUGUCAAUUAUCAUCAAAUGAUAUUUUUAGAACAAUAAAUUCCUUUAAAAUCGAUUCAUUUUUUAUCGAUCAUCAAUGGACAGAUGUUAAAUGUUUUUAUAAUGAAAAUAUAUCAAUGAAAUAUCAAAAAUCAGAUCGUACAAAAUAG